AUGUCUCUGCAAGCCCACCAUGCCACUCUCCCUCAGCACACCUCAACACAAGACUACUCCAAGUUUAAAGACAUUGAAGUUCGUAUUGAUGGACCUGUAGCCAUUGCAUACCUCAACAGAGAGAAAUCCCUGAAUGGAUACACAGCACUCAUGGGAAUCGAAAUCAUCCAAUUCUUUGACAAGAUCAACAUCGAUGAUCAGAUCCGUGUUGGUGUGCUUACCGGAAAAGGACGUGUAUUCUGUGCCGGAUACGAUUUCUCAGCUGGUGGUGGUGAUUUCUCAUCAUUUAACACACCAAAGACUGCUGAAGAAUCCAUGUUGGAACGAGACGGAUCCGGUCUCGUAAACCUAAUCAACAACCGUAAAGUCACCAUCGCUGCAUUGAAUGGACCUGCCAUCGGCGUCGGCAUAACAAUGGUCCUCCCCCUCGACAUGCGCAUUGCCGCCAAGGAAACCAAAGUCGGAUUCAUCUUCAACAGACGUGGAAUCAAUGCUGAAGCCGGAAGCUCCUACUUCCUAACCCGUCUCGUUGGGCAAUCGGCCGCCCUCGGCAUAGUCCUCCGCGGCGACAUCCGUCUCGCCUCGCACAACUCUCUCCAGCCCCUGUUCGAAGAACUCGUCGACAAGAACGACCAAGUGCUUCCCAAAGCGCUUGAAAUCGCACACGAGAUUGCGAGAGAGACCAGUGUGGUGUCGAAUGCGGUCAAUAAGGCCUUGCUGUGGCAUCAGAAGCCUACACCGCAGCAGCAAGAGAAUUUGGAGGCUAUGGCGUUGUAUCAUUUGGGUGCUAGUGCUGAUUCAAAGGAAGGUGUUAAGGCGUUCUUGGAAAAGAGAUCGCCAAAGUGGCCUAAUGUUAUUUCAAAGGAUUUGCCAAAGAUGUUGUAA